AUGAGUGACAAGAACGAAGUAUCAUCAUUGUAUCCUCCACCACCACCGUUCAUUCAAUUUUUCACCGAAGAGAACUCAAAACUAUUUAGAGAAUGUGGCAAAGAUGAAGAAAAACUAGCGAAAUGUACAACAAAACAGAGGGAGCAGUUGAAAUAUUUUGUGAAGCCAGAACUACCCAGGGAUGGUUCAUACAGAGCAUUUGGUAAUGUAUGGAAAAUUAAGGAUGAACUACCGGAGUUAUCACAGAUGGGAAUUGAACAAUUAUAUAGGAAACGGGAAUCUGUCACGGAAUUGGAAAACGGGACCACAACAGAAGUUGAACCUAGUCCUCAAGAUUCGCAAAGUGGGACAAAUUACGAGAACAAGAUCCAAGAGUCGAAAAAACUAAUGAAAUCACUAUUACUAAAUUUCCUAGAGCUUAUAGGAAUAUUGGGAGUGGAUUCAAGUAGAUAUGAGAAAAAACUUGACGAGAUAAGGGUGAUAGCCAUCAAUAUUCACCAUCUUCUUAACGAAUAUAGACCGCACCAAAGUCGUGAAUCGCUAAUCAUGUUAUUUGAAGAACAAUUGGAACAUAAACGCAAGGAAAUGGAACACAUCAAUAAAGUCUGUGAUGAAGUGGAAUCCAAGCUGGCUCAACUGUGA